AUGAAAAUAAUUUACUUGAUGGGGGGCAGAAGUUCAAGGGAGAAUAGGUGGAGGCAAUCUUCUUCUUUUCGGUCUACUUCUUCGUCUUCGUUCAAUCAAUACCAAUAUCCUCAAUCGCUGUAUCCUCAGGAGAAUCAAAACAACCAUCCAAAGCAGGUUUAUCCGGCUUAUCCACCACAACAGUACAACCCACCUCCUCAAAAUUAUGGUGGUCGACCCCAGGAACCGCAAAGGAAGCUUGACAGGAGGUAUUCAAGGAUUGCUGACAAUUAUAGUUCCUUGGAGCAGGUACGAUCAUAUGCAAUAGCUCAUAGCGAUUCUCGUAGUGCAAGAUCCAUCAAGCAGAUAUCUAUGUUUUUUAUACACGUCUAUUGGCAUCAUUUUUCCUUAAUACUUCACUAUCUAAAAAAUCUUGAUAGUUGCUUUGGAGAUUGUUGCGCAUGCCCCACUAUGACUAGUUGA